UGCUGAAACCCUGAUUGCUUCAUUUCGUCGAAUCCGUUUUCUUGCUAUUUUGUGGGUUCUACGAAAGCGAACAAGCUUUUUCAUCUUGAUUUUCUUCUAAUGCGUUUUAUUUGAGUAGGUGGUGGUUACUUCCGGUUUCUUUAAUCUAUCGCAAUUUCCCUCAUUUCGAUCCCGUUGCGUCGUCGCCACCGCCACUGCUGUUCGCAACCGAUUUCCGCUACUCUCACCGGAAUUGUUUGGAUGUUCAAUGGUUCUUCGUCAUGAUCGUAGUGAGGGUUUGAUCGGUAAAACCCCCAUUGUUUCCUUUUUCUUACUAUUUUUGGGUUCUAUGCAAGAGCAGGUUUUUUUAGUGUUUAAGUUUCUUCUAAUGCAUUUUACUAAGUAGGUAGUGGUUACUUCCAGCUUUUUUGACGGAAAGAAGUGAAAGCCGGUUGAUUGCUGUUAAUCCAUUGCUAUUAAGGUUUAUUUCCUGUAACGUGCAACUCUUGGCUGGGGUUUUGUUUUAUCGAUUCAAUUUUCUUUCAGUUUUCUGUAUCAUUGAACUAAGAAAAUUUCUGGGAUCUAUAUACACGACUUUCUUCGACCGUAUUUUACCCUAGUACUUGGUGGUUAUAUUACUAUUUUGAGAUGACAUGGAAAAAAAUUCUUCAUACGAUGCAGUUUAUACAGUACACAUCUACAAAAUCUUAGUCAUGCAUGGUAGUUUACUCGGUGAUCAAAACUUGAUAAAUUUAUGACUCGAGAAAGAUUAACAAACUACAAUGCCUGAUGUUCUACUUUUUAGCGCUGAAUUGAGUUACUUGUGUGAUUCCAUGGUUACAUAGAUCGAUUGUUGGUGGUGUUGUGGUUGGAUAGAGGUCUAAAUGAUGAAUUACCACCUUGAUUAUGUAUUAGCAUAGCAUUAUCUGCUAGUUUGAUGGAAACUGCAAAGACCUUAUUGCACUUGAACGAAAUAAAAUUUGUGAAAUAUAAUGUUGUAAGAAGAGGGGUUUUACUUUAUGAUAAGAAACUAAAGCAAAAUGCAUAUGUUUAUAUAAUACUUUCAUUUUUAGUAGAUUGAUGAUAGUAGAGAUGAAGUGAGGCAUGGUUUUAACUAGAAGCUAGGUUUUUGCAUUAUAUGACUGUGCCCGAUCCUCGUCAAACCUAGGCAUGCACCACGGACCACAGUGGAAUGUAUAUGAUAGUAUGGUGAUAUUAAUGUGUAUAAUUUUGUUUUGAUAGGUAGGAUUUUUUAAGCAUACUAUGCAUAUUUUGUUUACAUUAAGGCGUGUCACUAUUCACUUAAUUAGUGCUUCUCAAAGAUUGUAGAAACCAAUUUUGGUUAUUUGUUUGGACCAGCAGAAAGAUUGCUUUCCUUAUUGGUUUACUCUCACUUAAGUAGUGCGUCGCAAAGCUUGUAGAAACGUUUUUGGUUGCGGUCUUUUAUUUUGCAUUAAUGAUCUUGCAAGUUCUUGAUUAUUUAUUAUAGAAAAAAUCUACCAUCGGAUAAUAAUCCUAACUUUAUUUGGUUGAUUUUCCUCAUGCAGCUUAAACUGCCUAUUUUAGGUUUUUUGGCAUUGACAUACAUAUAGAGCUUACAGAAUAUACUCGCCAUGGGUUUUGACAACGAUUGUAUAAUAAACAUUCAUUCUGUUGCUCCGGAGUACUUUUGCCCUGUGUGUCGGACACUUGUUUAUCCAAAUGAAGCACUCGAAGCACAGUGCAGUCAUCUGUACUGCAAACCUUGUCUGGUACACAUCGCAAGUGGUGCCCAGACGUGCCCCUAUGAUGGAAACUCGGUAACUGAAGCUGGUGCAAAGCCAGUCACAGUGAUUAACAGAACUCUGGCUGAUGCAAUUGGGAAAAUUGCUGUACGCUGUCUCUAUCAUAGGAGCGGCUGCAUGUGGCAGGGUCCUCUAUCUGAGUGCAUUAUCCACCGUUCAGGAUGUGCCUUUGGCGAUUCCCAAGUUUUAUGCAUGAAAUGUCAGAUUCAAAUUGCGCAUCGUCAAGCCGAGGAGCAUGCUCAGAUCUGCAAUGUGAAUCAGGUCAUGAAUCCUGAAGUACAAGACAGGCCUAAGAAUGUUUGGGGUGCUGCAACUUCAGGAGCAGCUGUAUCUUCUGACCAAAGCAAGACUGCUAUUCAAGGAGAAGCAACAAGUGGACAUCUGCAGGCAUCUCAAAUUACGCCUGCUGACAAUCUGAAUGAACUUGCAAUGGCAAAUCCUCAGCCACAAGCUUUACCUGCAAUGGUUAUGUCAACUUCACAGUGGUAUCAACCACAAUAUCAACAGGUUUAUGCACAAAUGUACCCGUAUUCACUGGAAGCCACUCAGCCAUUCAAUCAGGCACCUCUUCAGGUACAGGGGCCGGCAAAGAGCCAGGCUCAUGCUCAGCUUCAACCCCAAUCUCAGGUGGUAGUGCAGCAGCAGGUCCAAUCCUCGAUGCAUAUGGAAAAUCAAGCGCAUGUCCUACCCCUUCCCCAGGCCCAGGCUAACCUCCAUCCUCUAAAACAAGCGCCGAGUCAAGUGCAAGCUCGGCCGCACAUUUCUUUUUCUGGACAGCAUGGACCGCCUCUGUAUCCUCAGGCUGCCAUGCCUGGCCCAAAUGGAACCCAGGCUCAACUUAAUCCUCAGCAGCAAAUUCAGCAGGCAAGUUUGCCCCAUGUGCAAAUUCAAACACAUAAUCAGCUACUUGCUCAUUGCCACAUGCCUCCUCAGUUGUCCUCUCAAGCCCCUUCACUUGCUGUUCAAGGCCAUGCUCAACAGCAUAUGCAAGUCCCUCAAUUUCAGCAUUCUCUUUCACAGAUGCAUCAUCCUCGGCCUUAUCCAUGGCACCCAGAUUCUCAAUCUCAAUCACAACCUCACACACAAGGGCACCCACAGUCUCAGUCAUGCCCUCAACUUCAACAUCCUCAUAUCCAGCAAGUCCUGCAGUUCCCACCACAGCAACAUCCUCAUAGCCUGCAAGUCCUGCAGGCCCCACCACAGCAACAUCCUCAUGCCCAGCAAGUCCUGCAGGCCCCACCACAGCAACAUCCUCAUGCCCAGCAAGUCCUGCAGGCCCCACCACAGCAACAUCCUCAUGCCCAGCAAGUCCAAGUUCAUCCCUCAACCGGGUUUGUACCCCCAGUUCAAGUGUCUUCUCAGUUUGUUCGACCAAUUGUCUAUCUGCGUCCUCUGGAACCUCCUCAGAAGCUUCCUUCACGAGGCCAAUCCCCGGGGAUCCCACCUGUCCAACAACACACUGAUCCUCAUAGUCAACCAGGUCUUCCAGUUCAACAGCAUCCUGUUACUUGUCAGGUUCAACAACCAUUGCCUCAGCAAUAUGUACAGCUGCCACAGAUGUUUGCAGGCUGCACUUCUGGUCUGCUUCAAGGUCAGCUGCAUCAUGCUGGUCCUUUUGCUGAUCAGGAACUUGGAAGAACAACCAAGCUGCAACAUUAUAAGCCACAGUCCAUGAAGAAUUCUGGCAUGGAUGCUAAUGGUCCUGGAGCUAACUCAAAUGAGAAAAAACAUGGUGCAGAAAAGAAUGAUGAAGAUAAACCUGAAAACAGGGGUGGAGAUGAUUAUAGGAAAGAUGAAGCGGUGAUCAGAGAUGCUGUCACUGAGCUGCAGGAGGGGCAGGGGGUCUCAUGUUAUCCCGUUGCUACACAGAGAUCUGAAGGAGGAAUCAAUAAUAAUUUAGACCAUUUUCCUGGUGGGAAUCUGGUUCAAAAUAAAGCAGUGGAUGUGAGAGAUGUCCCUAUAUAUUCUGUGAAACAAGUGGAAGUUAAUAUGAACGUGCAACCCCCUACCCAUUUUAAGCUAGCUGAGCAUGGGCAUUUUUCUAAUCCAGGACAAGUUUCAAACCCGGCUGCGCAUUUUCACCCCCCUGCUCCAAAUCAACCAGACUCAUUCUAUCCUCAGCAUCAAAUGAGUGGGUCCUUUGCCCCAUGUUCGGCAGCCAUGUUUCCAAGGGGACCUACUAAUUUUGCCAACCAUGCCAGAAGUUUCAAACCACAAUAUGAAGGACCUCAGAGGCCUUUUAGUCAUGCACUCCCAUAUGGACCCCCAGGGUUUGUCUCAUCAUCAGCACCCAGACUUUGUUAUGAACAAGCUAGAGCUCCUAUUGGUGAGCAUCCUGAUGCUUUCCCAUUGGAAUCAGCUCGACACCUUGAUCAAGGGUUCCCUCACCAACAACAGUUCUUUGGAGAUUCAUCUGGCACCAUGUCAUCUCAUCCAUGUCUGAACAGGCCAGGUUCUCAAAGUAGUUACGCUCGUCAGGGAUUCCCAAAUGCUGGUCCAUAUUGUGCAGUAAGAUUCACGUGUUGUAUAUGUUAUAUAUCAUUGCUUUGCAAGUGUGUAAUGCUAAGUAUUCAUUUUUUUAAUUAUCAGGAUGUCUCUGAUUCCUUUGAUAAUUUGAAGAAGAGAAAGUCAAGGAGUAUGGGCUGGUGUCGCAUUUGCAAUGUUGAUUGUGAAAGCGUGAAAUUUUUGGAACUGCAUGGACAAACACGUGAGCACCAGCAGAUGGCUAUGAAUAUGGUUAAGAACAUCAAGCAGAAAUCUGCUCGUAUAGCAAUAACAUCUAGUGCUCAUUCUGGACUUGGGGAGGCAAGGAAGUCCGGAAGUGCGCAGACUCAUGGAUGUGGCAGUAAACCUUAGGACAUGACAAUGCAGGGUUGCUGCUUGUUAUUCUAGACGGUUUUAAAGUGGAGUUCCUGGAAGUUAAGUCUGUUUCAUUUCAUCAACUUGGCAUGUGAUGGUCUUAUGUUGAACUAGUGCCUUUAGUUAAGUGUUUGUUUAUGAACUGUUUGGGAUGCUCAAGUCCAUCUAUGCAGAAAAUUCUGAAUGUUAUCAUUAUGCUAUGGCCUAUUUCAGAACUGUGAAAAUAACCUUUGCAGGGUAAUGCAGAUUAGGACAGCCUAGGUCCUUCUGUCUCUAGAUGUCAUUUAUGUUAGCUGUGAUUGUCAUACUUGCUCUUUACUUUAUGUACUGGGAAAAGGUUAACUGGAUACUUGAAAAUGUUGCGAGUGAUGUAGGCUCAGCUUGUAGAGUUGGGUCAUGUCUGAAUAUAUGCAUAUCAAAGAUAUAAAUACUGCAAAAUCUGAUUAGCAUGUGUAUGUAUGCAUGUAUGUAUGUACAUAUAUACGACGAAUGGAUAUUGUUCAUUCGACCAAGUCUCAUUUAUGUUUAGGUAUUCCUCACCAUAAACUAUAGGUUGUCUGUUCUUAUUUGAGCUGUUGCUGAUGUACCUAAUAGGGCCAUUGGUAUCCUUAUUGGAGGCAGUUUUUCAAAAAUAUACUUGGUCAUAAUAUUCCAUUGCCAAGUCUGAGUUAUUGUCAAAAGUUUAUGAAAGCUUCUACCAGUUUGUAGUUGGUAUAUUUUUAAUAUGGAAUUGUAGAAGCUAGAAUACGUGUACUGGGACACAUGAAUAUGAUUUGAAGAUCAUUAUUGUUGAACAAGUGGAGAUUCAGACAUGGAGAACAGAUGGUAGACAAUUCAAUUGUUAGACGCAUAGUUAUUCAAGGCUAAGUAAACUUAUAGUACUAAGUACAAGAAGCAUCCUUUUGAUUUGUCUUGAUUGGUUUUCAGUGUUCUGUCACUUGGGAGCUUUUGUAAAUACAAAGAUAAGGGCAGAAACCAAUUUGAUUGCCAAUCUAAACUGCUUUUAAAGCCAUUUAGACUUGCUGCUGGUGGCUGUGACAAUCUGUUUUUCUAUGCAUUAGAGCUAUAUCUAUUUUUCUAAAUACAAGAUAAGGAAAAAAAACCUAUUUGUGUGCUAAUCUAACUGCUUUUGAGGUCAAACAGACUUGUUGCUGGUGGGCUUAACAAUAUCGUUUUCUAUGUACUAGAGCUAUAUCUGUUCUUGUAUGUGUUCUAACUGUCAUUUGAAUUUCAAAAAAGAGAGAAGUAUCACAUGUUCUAACUGUCCUUGUAUGUGUUCUAAUGUUGUGAUCCUUGUCAAACAAAUCGGUAUCUCCUACCUUUAUCAUAGGAUAUAUCAACCUUCACCCUAGCAUUCUUGUAUUUUUGACUUGAUCCAGUCAUAUUGAUUAAAUUGUAUCACAUGUAAUCAGUUUCAAAUUCUUAAAACUCUCAUUUAAAUUCCUUUGUACUAAGAAUACUCGACUAUACCAAGAAAAUAUCAUGUGCGCUCUUUGUGAAGAAAGACAAAUUUGUUGGAUGGUUGAGGAGCUCACAUGGAUACAAAGCCGUUACAUUGUCCUCGUCUAUUAAUGGAAUUACUUAUGGGUUAAAGUAAUAUUUUAUGCUGCUUUUCAUGAAGAAAGAGAGAAAAUUUAGAGGAUGGUUGAGGAGCUCAUAUGGAAUAUGAGGUUGUUACAUUGUCGUUCUCUAUUAAUGAAA